AUGCCACUACCAGAUGAAUUUGACACAUACGAUGACUAUGUUAAAGAAUCAAAACAAUGGUUUGACAAAGAAAAUUCAAAUUUUGAACUACAAUUUCAGAAGUCACUUCAAAUCAACCAGAAAUUUUAUCUAAAACAUCGAAGAAGUUCCGGAACUGAUACAGAAGAGAUCAGAUUGCAAACUUUUAAACCACAAGAAUUCUCUUCUUUGUUAAAGCUAGAAACAAUGCCAACAAAAGAAAUGCCGAAGUUCUCAAAAGAACAAACUCAGCCAAUCAUAAUAGAAAACGAUUUUUACAAAAGAAUUCAAAAUUCUAAGGAAACAAUCAAGAAAUGGUACUUAUACGAAGAGCUAAUGGAUGAUUGCAGUGAAAGCAAUAGUAGAAAGCGAAAACUAAAUCAAAGUUCAUUUCCAAACAACAUUAUCGAAGAAUUAGUUUUGUUUGGUCCUUCAAAGCCAUUAUAUCGAACGCAGCCUGUUAUAUACGAUGCAUCGCGAAAAGAUAUAAAGCAAAUAACCAUAGAAAACCUUUUAAAUUUUUUAAAUCAAGAUCCAUUUUCAAUUUCAGAUAACAAUAUGAUUUCCAUAAUCAACGCUUCGUCAAAGAAGAUUAUUCCGGUCGGUUUUUUCUUGAAAUUGAAUGUUCUUCAGUUUUUUAGGUUUUCAAUUUUAAUUUGGAGAUUUUCUCCAUCUACUCCUCAUCCCUACCAUCCACACAUCGAUGACUUCCUUACAGAGCUAAGUAUCGUUAUAGAAAACAGGGAAACUUAUGAAAAAUUGUGGCAAUUUUCGAAGAGAGAAUUAAUUUUUUCCGGAAUCGAAAGAAUUUGCAAGAACCUUCCAUUUUGUAAGAAACUCUUAUCAAUAGUAACGAAAGACCACAAAUCUUUGAUUUCUUCCAUGACAAAUUACAUAAAUCAGUUUAAAGAGACAAUUAUUGACAUGAUUGUUGAAUUUCCGAUGGUCCCACUCACAGUGAUUGAUAUCCUCGUUGGAUCUCUUUAUUCCAAUGAAUCUCCUUUCUUUGAAACGAUUUCGAAAUCAAUUUUCACGGAUUUCUACUUUCUUUCGAAUUUCAUACUAACAAGGAAGCUAGGAAUUUGUAUCCAGCAAUAUCCGAAUAUAGGAAAUGCGAUGUUUAUGAGCAAAUCCUUUAAUUUCAAAAAUUUUAAUUACGAAAACAAAAUUUUCUCUUUUUUGUACUCGUUGCAAUAUCCAUAUGUUCCAUCAACAUUUAUAUCUAACUUGAGAUGGUUCCAACUCGUUGCCGCUGAGUGUUUGACGAAAGAUACAAAAAGUUCCAUUUCUUUUUUGAAGGAAACGGUUUUAUUUAUAAUUAGAUUGAAUUACAAGAAUUUUCAAAAGCCAUGUGAGUCGUUGGAACAUGUAUUAUCCCCAUUUUUUGCAAAUCUCGUUGCAUCAAUUGACAAAAACAAAGAUCCUGACUGCAUUCGGUUGAAAAUAGAUAUGGUUGCUAAGAUAUUCUAG